CAUAUUGGAGAGGGGAAACUGAAGCCGCGAGUCUGUUCCGCCCCUCACUUUUCACUAUGAAGGCUGUGGUUAAAAUAAGCUUUCUGGGCUCUCCUCGCCCCAACUAAAGAUGACGCCGCAUACCUGUCGGGCUUCCUUUUAUUUGCUUUUUUUUUUUUUUUUUUUUUUGGAGACGGUGUCUCACAGUGUCAUCCAGGCUGGCCUGGAUCUCGCCAUCGCCCAGCCUCAGCCUCCCGAAUGCUGGGACGACAGGCGUGAGUCAUCACGCCCGGCUUCUUCCCUCGAACCACAGAGAGGCGUGAGCGAGACGACCAGCUUCGGCGGCUUCCGUCAUUCCGCUUCUAUCCAUAGACAAUCAAGGCGCGGGCUAGAGCGGCUUAAGUCGACUCACCUAGGCCCCCCAGCAGAGCCAUGUCUCGGAGUGGCUCCAGCCCGCACCUGUUGUGGGACGUGAGGAAAAGGUCCCUCGGGCUGGAAGACCCGUCCCGGCUGAGGAGCCGCUACCUGGGAAGAAGAGAAUUUAUCCAAAGAUUAAAACUUGAAGCAACCUUAAAUGUGCAUGAUGGCUGUGUUAAUACAAUCUGUUGGAAUGACACUGGAGAAUAUAUUUUAUCUGGCUCUGAUGACACCAAACUCGUUAUUAGUAAUCCGUACAGCAGAAAGGUUUUGACAACGAUCCGUUCAGGGCAUCGAGCAAAUAUAUUUAGUGCAAAGUUUUUGCCCUGCACAGAUGAUAAGCAGAUUGUGUCUUGCUCUGGAGAUGGAGUCAUAUUCUAUACUAAUAUCGAGCAAGAUGCGGAAACCAACAGACAGUGCCAAUUUACGUGCCAUUAUGGAACUACUUAUGAGAUUAUGACUGUCCCAAAUGACCCUUACACCUUCCUGUCCUGUGGGGAAGAUGGAACCGUUCGGUGGUUUGACACACGCAUCAAAACUAGCUGCACAAAAGAAGACUGCAAAGAUGAUAUUUUAAUCAACUGCCGGCGUGCUGCCACGUCUGUGGCCAUUUGUCCCCCAGUACCGUAUUACCUCGCUGUGGGUUGUUCUGAUAGCUCAGUACGGAUUUAUGACCGGCGGAUGCUGGGCACGAGAGCUACAGGGAACUAUGCAGGCCGAGGAACUACUGGAAUGGUUGCUCGAUUUAUCCCGUCUCAUCUUAGUAAUAAAUCCUGCAGAGUGACGUCUCUGUGUUAUAGUGAAGAUGGCCAAGAGAUUCUUGUUAGUUAUUCUUCAGAUUACAUCUAUCUGUUUGACCCCAAAGACGACACAGCACGAGAACUUAAAACUCCUGCAGAGGAGAGGCGAGAAGAGUUACGACAGCCUCCGGUUAAACGCUUGAGACUCCGUGGUGAUUGGUCAGAUACUGGUCCCAGAGCAAGGCCAGAGAGUGAACGAGAACGAGAUGGAGAGCAAAGUCCCAACGUGUCGCUGAUGCAGAGAAUGUCUGAUAUGUUAUCAAGGUGGUUUGAAGAAGCAAGUGAAGUUGCCCAAAGCAAUAGAGGAAGGGGAAGACCUCGGCCCAGAGGUGGAACAAAUCAGUCAGAUGUUUCAACUCUUCCUACGGUUCCAUCAAAUCCUAAUUUGGAAGUGGGUGAAACUGCAAUGGAUGUAGAUGCCCCUGCUGAGCAACUUCAACCUUCUACAUCCUCUCCAGUGUCAGUUCCAGCUCAGGCAGCAGCAUCUGCCAUAGAAAGCCCUCAUUCUGCUUCUCUGCUGCCUUCUCCAGAUAGUGAACAGAGGCAGUCUGUUGAGGCGUCUGGACACCAUACACAUCAGCAGUCUGAAUUUUUAAGGGGGCCUGAGAUAGCUUUGCUCCGUAAGCGCCUGCAGCAGCUGAGGCUUAAGAAGGCUGAGCAGCAGAGGCAGCAAGAGUUAGCACAGGCCCAGCAUCAGCCUUCCGCUUCCACUUCCGAUCAGUCUCCUCCUGAGGGCUCUUCACGGGACCCUCGAGCUUCAGAUUCUCCCUCUUCUGUGGUUAACAAACAGCUCGGAUCCAUGUCACUUGGUGAGCAACAGGAUAACAGUAAUGAAAGGCUGAGCCCCAAGCCAGGGACAGGUGAACCAGUUUUAAGUUUGCACUACAGCACAGAAGGAACAACUACAAGCACAAUAAAACUGAACUUUACAGACGAAUGGAGCAGUACAACCUCAAGUUCCAGAGGAAAUGGGAGCCACUGCAAAUCUGAGGGUCAGGAGGAAUCCUUGGUCCCACAGAGCUCUGUGCCAGCACCUGAAGGAGACAGUGAAACAAGAGCUCCUGAAGAACUAUCAGAGAAAGGAACAUUUUCAGAAAACCUCACUCAAAACCAGAUAGACAUAGCACAAUCUGAUAACUCCACAGCUGAGCCAUUGGAUCCUAACUCAGGAGAAAGGAAUAACCCAAGUCCUGACAGCCCUUGUGGGGCCCCAGAAGAAGGCACUCUGUCUGAAACAGGCAAGGAGGCCUCUGAGCAGCCUGGCACUGAGAGUGCUGCCUGUCAGGGUAGCGCCAGUCCAGAACUCCCAUCCCAAACAGAAGCCAUCGGGCCUUCGGCUCACGAAGACACAUCAACCAGGGACUCUGCUCUCCAGGACACAGAUGACAGUGAUGAUGACCCAGUCCUGAUCCCUGGUGCAAGAUACCGAGCAGGACCUGGUGAUAGAUCUAAUGUCAGAGGAACAACAGUAGGUGAUAGAAUAAUGAGACGCUCUGCUGUCGCUCGCAUUCAGGAGUUCUUCAGGAGGAGAAAAGAAAGGAAAGAAAUGGAAGAAUUGGACACUUUGAACAUCAGGAGGCCACUAGUAAAGAUGGUUUAUAAGGGCCAUCGCAACUCCCGGACAAUGAUAAAAGAAGCCAAUUUCUGGGGUGCUAACUUUGUAAUGAGUGGUUCUGAUUGUGGCCACAUCUUCAUCUGGGAUCGGCACACUGCUGAGCACUUGAUGCUUCUAGAAGCUGAUAAUCAUGUGGUCAACUGUCUGCAGCCUCAUCCAUUUGACCCAAUUCUGGCCUCAUCUGGCAUAGACUAUGACAUCAAGAUCUGGUCGCCACUGGAAGAGUCGAGGAUUUUUAAUCGAAAACUUGCUGAUGAAGUUAUAACUCGAAAUGAACUCAUGCUGGAAGAGACUAGAAACACCAUUACCGUUCCAGCUUCUUUCAUGUUAAGAAUGUUGGCGUCACUGAAUCAUAUCCGAGCUGAUCGUCUGGAGGGUGACAGAUCUGAAGGCUCAGGUCAGGAGAAUGAAAAUGAGGAUGAAGAAUAGACGACUCUUCGCAAGCACUUAGAUGUUCUGAAAUUUGUAUACGACAUUUAUUAUAUUUUUUUCUUUACAGAACUUUAGUGCAAUUUAAGGCUAUGGUUUUUCGGAGUUCUUCCCCAUUUUUUGGGAUAACCAAACAUUGAGUUGGAAUGAGUGUGUGCAUGAGUUGGGCGAGUGUGUAAAACAAAACAAGCAAAAGGUUUGUGAAACUUGUUGCCGUGUAUGGAGUGCUAGGAAACGCAAAGUGCAAUACUUCCCUCACCCUCGGACGUGGGAGCUUGGAUCAGUGUUGAAAAGUCACGUUCAUUGUAGUGGAAAUGUUGGUUCAAAUAAAUUUCUACACUUGCCGUUUGCAUGGUUGUUACUUUCUAAUUAAAGAAGGUGAUUGUUUUAAGAUCUUAAA